GCCAUGCUGCCGGCCCAGGAGGCAGCCAAAAUCUACCACACCAACUACGUGCGUAACGCGCGCGCCGUGGGCGUCCUGUGGACGGUUUUCACCAUCACCUUCGCCGUCAUCACCGUGGUGGUGUUCAUCCAGCCCUACUGGAUCGGAGACAGCGUCAACACGCCGCAGGCCGGAUACUUUGGCCUCUUCCACUACUGCAUUGGGAACGCGCUCACCUCAGAGCUCACCUGCAAAGGGAGCGCGCUGGACUUCGGCUCCAUCCCAUCCGGAGCCUUCAAGACGGCCAUGUUCUUCGUGGGGAUCUCCAUGCUGCUGAUGAUGGGCAGCAUCGUCUGCUUCAGCCUCUUCUUCUUCUGCAACGCCGGGAGCGUCUACAAGAUCUGCGCCUGGAUGCAGCUGGCCUCCAGCACAUGCAUGGUGAUUGGCUGUAUGAUCUAUCCUGACGGCUGGGACUCGGACGAGGUGAAGCGCAUGUGUGGCCAGCGGACGGACAAAUACACCCUGGGCAACUGCACGGUGCGUUGGGCCUACAUCCUGGCCAUCAUCAGCAUCAUGGACUCGCUCAUCCUCUCCUUCCUCGCAUUCAGCCUGGGCAGCCGACAGGACAAGCUGCUGCCGGAGGACUUUCAGGUGGAGGAGAAAGAUAACGCCUGAGCCUCCUGUGGACAACAGAGGGAAGAGAUGGAUGAGGCUUUAUGAGGAACACUACUGACUCGAGGGGUUCCGAUGUAUUUGAAAGCUUUAGGACUGUUAAUCGACUUUUCCUUCAGGUAUUUUAUUAUUCAAAAUGACCAGAGAAGCUCCUUGUUACCCUGGAGAGAGAAUUGUCAUAAAAGCUGAGCAAACUGCCCCGUGUGAUGUUAGAUAUGUAAUAUGUAUUUCAGUACUCAUUUUAUAAUGCUGUAUUUUAUCAUGUAAUAUGCAAACUAAUAACCGUGAUGUAUGUAAGGAGCCUUUGGAGUGAUUCCAGUGUGACAUCCUGAUA